AUGCUGGUAGACACUGGUCUGGGGCUCAUCAGCGAGCUCCAAGCCAAACUUGGCUGGGCUGUCCUCCUUCAGAUCGUCCCUAUCACCAUUGUCGCCUACAAUCUUCUCUGGUUCAUCUACGCGUCCUUCUUUUCGAGUCUGAGAAAGAUCCCUGGUCCUUUUCUUGCGCGGAUAUCCCGAGUCUGGGAGAUGAAAAAGACGGCCACUGGAAACAUCCACGAGAUCAUGAUGGAUCUACACCGACGUCACGGAGCCAUCGUUCGAAUAGGACCGAGGCGGUACGACUUUGACACCAUGGAAGCUCUCAAGAUCAUCUACCGCAUUGGCAACGCCCUCCCCAAAGCCGACUACUAUAAACCCUUUGGCCUGCCGUCGUUCCCGAAUCUUUUCGACGAGCAAAACCCCGCUCGUCAUUCAGCGAUAAAGAAGCAGGUUGCCUCUCUGUACACCAUGACGGCGUUGCUAUCCUACGAAGAGGGCGUCGACGGCCAGACGGCCAUCCUGAAGGAGCAGCUGCAGAGGUUCUGCGACCAGAAGCAGGUCAUUGACCUGCCUCGAUUCCUCCAGUACUAUGCUUUUGACGUCAUUGGAGUUAUUACGGUUGGCAAGUCGAUGGGCAUGAUGGAGUCGAACUCGGAUACAAACGGUGCCUGCAGUGCCCUGGACGGCAUGUGGCACUACGCUUCCAUGAUGGCUUAUAUACCAAACAUGCACGCCUGGUGGCUGCGUCUCUCUUCACUCCUACCGAUCGAAGUCCCCAUCAAGGGCCUGACCGAGUAUGUCGAGCGACGAAUCAUCCAGUACAGGCUCAAGGCGGCCGAGUUCGGUGACGAUGCCGCACUCAAGGGCGAGAACAACUUCCUGGCCAAGCUGCUCCUCAUGGAGAAGAAGGGAACGGUCACUCCGGUAGAGACUCAGCAGGCUGUUGGUCUGAACAUUGGGGCUGGGUCUGAUACGACAGCGAAUGCUCUGAGCACUAUCCUGUACUACCUGUACACAAACCCACGUACUCUGCACACUCUUCGAGAGGAGUUGGAAAGAUAUGUUAAGGACGGCCCCAUUAGUUUUCAGCAAUCGCAGAGCAUGCCUUACCUACAGGCGGUUAUCAAGGAAGCCCUGCGGCUGCAUCCGGGUGUGGGCACGCAACUGACGCGAGUCGUGCCAAAGGGUGGCCUGGUCAUCGAGGGACAGUUCUUCCCCGAGGGUACUGAGGUUGGUGUCAACGGAUGGGCUCUAUAUCACAACAAAGCGAUCUUUGGCAACGAUGCAAGCAUAUUCCGCCCCGAGCGGUGGUUGGAGGCAAACGAGAAUAUCAACAUUGGGGGAUCUUUCGCGUUUGGAGCCGGUUCCCGAUCCUGUAUUGGCAAGAACAUCAGCAUCUUGGAAAUGUCAAAGGCCAUUCCCCAGAUUGUCCGGAACUUUGAUAUCGAGAUUAACCACGGGGAUAUGACAUGGAAGAACGAGUGUUGGUGGUUUGUCAAGCCUGAAUACAAGGCCAUGAUUAAGCCUCGAAGAUGCUGCCUAUCAAGGGAUGAAUCCUUAGUCUAGUGUAUAUCUUUUGCAUUCUACCACCUGUCAAAUGCACCGGCCUGGAAUGUUGAAACUUUUGGACUCCUCCCUGCUACAAUCAGAGGUAUCCUGCACCAUUGCCAGCCUCUCACAACUCCAUUCUCUUGCAGAGAUGGUCGGGCCCAGCCCUAAAUCAAGUCGUUUAACAAGUGUGCCUGAAACUCUGGUCAUCUGUCCUUGGGAGUCUGUUCAAUUACGAGGUGGAAAGUGAGCGCUCCCCAUCUGAAGCCCCAUCUAAUCAUCUUCAGUAAGUGGGCAAGGGUAGGUAUGCGAGCAUUGCCGUCCCUACCUGGAUCC